GAAUUGCAUGGUUUAAAGUCAGAAUUGCGAGUUAUAAAGUCAGAAUUGAGUGAUAUAAAGUCAGAAUUUUGAGUGACAAAAGUCGCAAUUACCUUUUUUAUUUAGUGGCGGAUAAAAGCUUCCAUAAUUUUACCUUUGCAAAGAAGUAAAAUGAUGGUAUCAAACCUCAAGGAUAUCAGACAUUUCUCAUCAAAUGAUCUGAGUUGUUUCAAAUUCAUUUUAUAGCUCUAGACUCUUCAUUCAUAAAUGAUUUUAUGAUUCACGCUCCAAGACGAAGAGCAAAUCAAGCAUGAUGCACGUUCAGUUUGAUUGACAUAAAUAUCACACAAAUUGCAGAAAAAAACCAAAAAUGGAUACGUAUGCAAUUGAUUUUCACAAAUGAAAGUGCCCAAGACCAGAAUUGAAAAUUUUACUGUGAUUUUUACUUUACAUUUACUGUGAUUUUAUUAUCUGUCAUUUAAAAAACAGAUGUGUCACAUUAAAGGGAUAGUUCACCCAAAAAUGAAUAUUCUGUUAUCAUUUACUCACCCUCAAUUUGUUCCAAACCUGUAUGAACUUCUUUCUUCUGCUGAACACUAAAGAUAUGUUUGUAGCACAAACAGUUGGUGAAUGUACAGUUUUGGGUGAAUGUAAACGCUUCUUGGUUUGAACCACAAUCACACAUUAGAAUCAGGUCAGAUUUUCUGUGUGGUUGAUUAAUGUUUAACUCCAGAUAUCAUCUUAAUCAGGGUGCAGUUUCACUAAAACAGAUCCGUGUUGAUGUUUACAUGCGCUUCAUGAGACUCACCUGGAGAACCUGGACUCUUCUUUACAGGCUUUUUCUUUCAUUGUUUGGCAUGAAAACUUGCAAUUGUGUUUUUGAGAGGUCUGAUAAACAUUAAACAUGAGGAGGAAGCAGUUCUGCUUUUAAUUCUCAAGGGACGCACUGUGUGUGUGUGUGACCCGGCUCACUUCCCCUUCAUGCCCCUGUGUGCUGGCGCUGUGGGCGGCGGAGUGAAGCGCUCGAGGCUCCUGGCAUGGGCAGCGUAGGGAGCGGGGCCUCCAGUCAGCGGCCCAUCACGAUGCGCAGCGUGGGCACCCGCACCACCCCUAAUGGCCCCCUGGCAGCCGCACCGCCUCCCGCCACAGCCCGCCGCCGCCUGGACGACCGCAGCUUCAGCGCCGACCGCAUCCCCGGCCCGAGCACCAAGACCAAGGGUGUCUCGGCCGACGAGAGGGAUUACGCUCGCAAUCACGCCGCGCCGCACAACGCCAACCGCCAGCAGACAGUCAACGGCGAGAGGCUGGUGACCAACGCGGUGUUCGCCAAUGGGGCGCGGAGGGAGGGACACCGGCGCGGAGAGAGUCUGGAUUUGUGCGGGAACAAUAUCGUGCUGAACAACGACAAGAACGGCAGCCAUCAAGCUCCACCGCAGCACAAGGACAAGAGCAAAGCCAAACCCGAUAAUCACAACCCGCCCAACAUCCUGCCCGUCUCUGGAAAACUCGAGCAUGCACAGACCAAUGACUCUCUGGUGCGUCCGUCAGCCUUCAAACCCGUGGUGCCCAAGAGCUUUCACUCCAUGCAGAACCUGGUGUGUCCGCUUCAGACCAGCUCAGGAACGGCCGCGGGUCCAGGCGGUGGUGGCGGCGGUGGCAACGGAGGUGACAAGGGGGGUCCGAACACGUCCGGGCCGCAGUGGGACCAGGACAGUCCCGGCACUAGAGGGACACACACGGGUGCGGGCCGGACCGGGCAGGGCAGUCUGUCAGACUCGGGGAGGAACUCUCUGACCAGCCUGCCCACCUACACGGGCUCUAGCUACGGGCCGCCUCCUGCACUCGGACCCCUCAGUGCCUCCACCAGCCACAUCAACCGGCUGGGCACCGUCGCCCUGGACAAGCUGGACAAGCCGGGCUACCAGAAUGGCCUCAGCGCCUCCGACAGCGGCCGUUCCUCCUCAGGCAAGAGUUCGUCCUCGUACCAGCGCCUCAGUCACCUGAGUGACGCUCCCGCGCCCCUGCGACCGUCCCCGUCCUCCGACGAUGUUAUUCAGGACCUAGAGGACCGUCUGUGGGAGAGAGAACAAGAAGUAAGUAAGGUGAUUCACAUGCGACGUAACCUGGACCAGAGCGAGGCCGCCAUCGUGCAGGUGUUCGAGGAGAAGCAGCGCGUGUGGGAGCGCGAGAUGGAGGAUCUGAGGCAGAACUACGCCGGGCGGCUGCAGCAGGUGACCCGACGGGCCCAGCGCUCCCAGCAGGCCCUGCAGGCCCAGAUCAGCCGCCUGCAGCAGGACAAACGCCGGCUGCAGGACGAGAUGACGCUGCUGCUCGCUCAGAGAGAAGAGCUGGAGAAGAAGUGCUUGGACUUCAGGAAGGAGCAGGCCGAUAUCCUGCCCAGACUGGAGGAGACCAAGUGGGAGGUGUGUCAGAAGGCGGGCGAGAUCUCUCUGCUGAAGCAGCAGCUGCGGGAGAGUCAGGGCGAGGUGACGCAGCGCGCCGGAGAGAUGGUGGCACUGCGAGGCCAGCUGAAAGAUCUCAACGGUCAGCUGAGAGAGAGAGAGGAGGCCGAGAUCAGCCUCAAAGAGUCCUUCUGCACCAAGACCCUGGAGCUGGAGCGCUGCGAGGCCGAACUGCAGACCAUGCUGGCAGAGGUCACAGUGCUGCGGGACAAGCUGAGCGCAUUUGAGACAGAGGUCACACGUCUGAAAAAGGCCCUCAGUGAACUCAGCAGCAGCUCCAGUCGUUCCAGCGAGCCCAGCCUGUCUGAUAUGGGCCAGCUGGUGGCGUCUCGGAGCCGAGAGCAUCUUCUGUCCCCUCCGGAGACGCCCACGUCCCUCCCAGCCCUCCCGGCGCCCGACCGCCUGCUCACGCUGCAGAGCGACGACUCCAAGGUCCAGUGGCAGGAGUCGGGCGACCUGCGGCGGCAGUUGGAACGUCUGCAGGGUGAGCUGCGUCUGGAGCGGCAGCAGCGCGAGCGACAAGCGCUCACAUUCGCCCAGGAGCGCCAAACCUGGCAGGACGAGAAAGAGCGAGUGCUGAAGUACCAGGCGCAGCUGCAGCUCAGCUACGUGGAGAUGCUGCAGAAGAACCAGGCACUGGAGGAGCGCGUGGACAAGCUGGGAGCCCAGAUGUCCACGCCGGCGCUGGCCUUGCCGGAGGCGCCCGUUUCCGUGUCCAUAUCGCUCACCUCUCCGACCCCGCCGGCAGAGGAAAAGAAGCUGCCGGAGCUGCACCAACUCGCCCCGCCGUGGCCGGUUCCGACCCGGCUGGAGAGGAUCGAGUCGACAGAGAUCUGACUAAAACCCGUAAAGCCCCGAUUACAAUAGCAUUCAGUACAAUCCAAAAACUAAACCGCUUCCGAGGACUGUCCAAGGAUGCCCUGCUUGUCUAGGGCGGGUGUUUGGGUUGAGGGCAGGUAGUUAUGAGCCUUAUCAGCUGGUCGAGGGCUGGUUAGUGCAGAUGAGCUGGCCGCAAGUCAGUAGCCGAGAGGAAACUUAGCACUCAGGGGUUUAAGGGGGAACAGGCGUAAACAAUUCAGACUCUCUUUUUACUGGCGUGAGGGUUCAGGCUAUUAAUAAAUCAUCAUCUUAUAUCGAAGAAUAUCCUUGUUAUCAGCAUCUUCUGUGCUCUGCGGCAUUCAAACAAUCAAAACAAGAGUUACGAGACGAGAUCUCGCAUGGUGCUUAGAUGCAACACACCGUCACGUUUUAGGACCAAAUCCUAGUGCCAGUCUUGAGAGUGUUUAUGCCGUUUGUUUAUUGGACUGGAAGGCCAGAAACAUACUCUACACAAGUACAAAGAUGUGCAUAACUAAUGAGCCAGAAAAUUUGGGGUUCAAAAAAUUUGGGGUUGGUAAGAUUUUGCAUUGUCUCUUAUACUCACCAAGGCUGCAUUUAUUUGAUCAAAAAUACAGUAAAAAAUUGUGGAAUAUUAUUACAAUUUAAAAUAGCUGUUCUCUUUUUUAAAAUAUGUCAAAAUGUAAUUUAUUCACUCAUGAUGAGGGAGAGAGUGAGCCAAUCAGCAAUAGGGGGUGUGUCCACUCAUGAUGGAGGAGGAGAGAGUGAGCUAAUCAGCAGUAGGGGGCGUGUCCACUCAUGAUGGAGGAAAGAGUGAGCCAAUCAGCAGUAGGGGGAGUGUCCACUCAGGAUUGGGAAGGAGAGAGCUAAUCAGCAGUAGGGGGCGUGUCCACUUAUGAUAGGGGAGGAGAGAGAGAGCCAAUCAGCUGUAGGGGGUGUGUCCACUCAUGAUGGGGGAAGGGAGUGAGCUAAUCAGCAAUAGGGGGCGUGUCCACUCAUGAUGGGGGAGGAGAGAGUGAGCCAGUCAGCAGUAAGGGGUGUGUCCACUCAUGAUGGAGGAGAGAGUGAGCCAAUCAGCAGCAGGGGGUGUGUCCACUGAUGAUGGGGGAGAAGAGAGUGAGCCAAUCAGCAGUAAGGGGCUUGUCCAUUCAUGAUGGGGGAGGAGAGAGUGAGCCAAUCAGCAGUAGGGGGCGUGUCCACCCAUGAUGGGGGAGGAGAUUAAUUUAAAAUAACUGUUCUCUUUUGUAAAAUGUUAAAAAGUAAUUUAUUCUUGAAAUCAAAGCUGAUUUUUCAGCAUCUUCAGUGUCACAUGAUUCUUCAGAAAUCAUUCUAAAAUGCUGAUUUGCUGCUCAAGAAACAUUUCUAAUUAUUAUUAGCAGUGUUGAAAACAGUUUUUAUUUUUGUAGAAACCAUGAUACUUUGUUGCAAAGAACAGCAUUUAUUAGAAAAAGAUUAUAAAUGUCUCUACGGUCACUUUUGACCAAUUUAAUGCGUCCUUGCUGAAUAAAAGCCUUAUAAAUGAAUAACAUGUCAAAAAAGUCUUAUAAAAGAAUAAAAUGUCUUUAAAAAAAUUGUACUGACCCCAAACUUUUGAAUGGUAGUGUAGCUAGAUAUAAAUAACUAACGUGCUCAGAAUGCAUUGAGCGUUGUGUUAUAAAUUGCAUUUUGGCACAUUUCAGAAAGCGACGAGCUUGUUUGCAUUCGUGUUGCUGUACUUGUGUGCAGUAUGUUUGGAGUGCGGGACAGAGGAGAGCUCAACCCUCCUGCUCUAUUGCCCAAAGCAGCGGCGGAGGACGUGUAUUCAUUUCAACUCAGAACGUACUGUAUCACCUGAAUGUUGUUUUUGCCCUUUUCUAUGUUUUGAGCAAUGUAGAGUAAAAUAGAACGAGAGAUUGAGAUUAAAAAAACAAGUCAAUAUGUUAGUGCACUUGACGCUUCGGUCUCAGACCGUCCUGCUUUGAACUGAGGACUCGGGUGUUGUGAGCAACAGCUACUGAAUGAGGUUUGGUUUAUGAAGCUGCUAGACAGACGGACAGCGGCUGAGCCAAAAACUGGGGGUCAAUCGAAACAGAUUAUAUUUGACUUUACAUUCUUCCAAAAAGAGCAUAUAUAAUAUGUGUCAAUGUAUACUUGCUGAAAGUAUCAUUUAGAAUAUUUGACUUUAAAAAUGUAAUAUGCAGUAGAUUGAAGUGAUCAUUUAAAUGUUUUGAAGUAAGUGCACAGUGCACAGAAAUCAUGUGGAAUAUUUGAAUGGGUUGUCAAGACUGAAGUGUCGGUUGUGUGGUAGUUGAGGAGCGUAGCUUGGACAGAGUAUAGCAUACUACGCAUACUAUUUCUGCAGAAUGUAUUCUGUGCAACAGAGCACACUGCGCACAAUGUUAUUUCCCACAAUGCAAAGUGCUUGACUUGACUUUGCAUUUACAGUGUGAUGAACGAACUGGAAAUGUGAUCAAAAAUGCAUUUAAUUGGUAACACUUUAGUUAACGUUAGUUAAAGGUACACUAUGUAAUUUUUUUUUGUUCAAAAUGAACACUAUUUUAGCCUGUUAUAAGUGCUUUUAUUUUAGACCUGCCGGGAUGGUUUUUGGGGAAAAUUGCGUACAUGCAUCAGUCACUCGUGUCUCGACAUAUCCGUAAAUAGAGAAAAGUUGUUCCGGUGUCAUGAGAAAUCGAGUCCCCCCUAGGAAUCGGGUCUCCUUUAGGACCCAGGCAGUAAUGCCUGAUCAAAAGUUAUCGCGAUGUCUUGACUAAUUAUAACCUUUUUCACUAUUGUAUGAUGUUAAUUACAUUAAGUGCACAAGAAACAUGCUUGAAAUAUAAAAUGAAUGUCUAUGUAUUGCAUAUUAAAACAAACUAGAAACAGAUAUUGGAGGCAAAAAACAUACCUAAUAUAAUAUAAGCUAAGCUAGCAGGCUAAUCGGGUAGAUGUGUGCUAUGCUAGUACAUAAGCUAACUAAAAAAAACAGUAAGAAUGAGAAAUGCUUGAUUUCACAACCUAUAGCUUCAGUUACUAGUAUAUGAACCAUGUAAUUUAAAAGACAUUAAUGGUCAUUAUAACGCCUUUUGUAACGAUCUGAAUCAUAACGUGAUUUUGCAGGAAUCAUAAUCAGGCGCUAAAAAUGCUACCCAUUAAAUGUCCGUUGAACCAAUGGGAUCACUCAAGGUCCUACAGGAGACCCGAUAUUCCUCAGGGGACUCGAUUUCCCACCACACCGCCGAACAGAGGAGAGUAUGCUGGCAAAAAGCUCGUAAUAAAACGAAGCACAACCAAAACAAUGUUCUUCUGCAAAAAGUGCAUGCAUGCAGUUUUGUUUUUUAACCACUUACAUAGUGUACCUUUAAUACAAUGUUGUGCCAAAAUGGCACCAAAUCAAGAAAGAGAAGUUACUGCUGUUAUCACACUAGAAAUAGAUAGUCAAGUCAAAAGUGCAGUGCGCUCUCUUGUAUACAAAUUGCACAAGUCGUAUGGUUGUAUGCUUUUCCCAACAUGGCCAGAUAACUAAUGGACGACAGGCUCUAACGAGGGAGAAAGUUGUUUUGCUUUUGUAGUGGUAGCAUUUUACAGAACACCUUUUGUCACAAAGUCUUUUUACAAUCACUAGGACACAUUUAUCAAUACUUAGUUUGGUUAUGUUUUCAAAACUCUUCACACAGUUCUCCUAACCAGCUUUCAGCUCGGCACAUCAGUUAAUUUCACAUCCACAAUGCACUUAAACUACCAAAACACUUCAUACACGUCUCAAAAUAACACUAGCUAAGGCUUCACCCAACACACUUUGUCACUCAUAAAAUAAUAACCUUCUUUUGUACAUUUUCUUUUUGACACUUUUCUGUUUAGAAUUCACUGCAGUUUAUGUGACAUGGUCCAUGUUUACAUUACAGUAAUAAAUUAUUCCUAAGUUUCCUUUUUUGUAUAAAUAUUAAUGAACCUGAAAGACUUAAUGCCUGUUCACACCAAGAACGAUAACUAUAACGAUAUAUUAGCAUCAUACCAGCGGACGAUAUCAUUCUGUUUAUUCUCAGUUUUGUCGUCUGCCGCUUUAAAUGGAUGGAUUCUGAUUGGCUGUCAAUGUUUUUAUCGUUCAUCAGCUGGAAGAAAUCGUUCUCAAAGUGAUUCCAACUGCGUCAUUAUUAUUAUAGUUGUGGUGCGUACACUGCUAUUCUUUAAUAUUUAAAAGGACUUUUAGAACUAUAUAGUUAUCGUCCUUGGUGUGAACAGGCAUGAACACCUGCACGCAGGGCAUAAAACUUUUUGCCAUACCUGCCAAUGGCCGGUGACUAAAGAAAAUUUACCAGCCAUAAAUAUUUUUUACCAGCCGUGAAACUGCUUUUGCAAAAACAGGCAGUUACGACACCAAUAUUUUAGAUACCAGUGAAAAUUCACAAUUCUCUAUUACAAUUUUAAUACCACAGCUAAAACUACUAGUCUAACGAAUAUAAAUUUAAAACAUUAUUAAAGACAAGUAACAGUAGUUUUCAGAGACAUUGAAUAAAGUAAUCAAAUGUAAAAUAACACUGGAUAGUCUUCACUGUAUAAAUUAAACACAGAUUAAUCCUUAUUAAAGUUACAAAAGUCAUUCAGUCAUGAGCAGUGACUGAUUUUUUUCUUCGUCCUUUGUUUGAUUAACAUUAAAAAUGCAGACAGCAGAAGAUAUAUUAGGCUGCUGUCACUUUAAGACUAAUGCACGGAUCCAAUAUACUGAUACACGUCUUUCUCUACUGUUAACAUUCACUUAAGCCAUAACUGACUGUUUACUAGGACACUCGCCGAGACUUUUCAGACAUUGUUUAUGUGUGAAUUUGUCCGUUCGUGCGCAAGACAAUGUGAAAAAGAACUUAAUUCAGUAUUUGCACGCUGUCUGAGACGCAGCUUUCUGUGCGCGCGCUUCAGAUGUUUGCGCGAGUAACAAAUUGAGUUCCCUUUCGCGUCUUCUUGCGCUUUAAUAUUUAAAAUGGCAAGACUUUCGUGAUGAGGUAGUGUUGGCCCGUCAACCGUCCCGAGCGUCGUUCGCGUUGCAUUGUUAGGGGCCGUUCACACAGAACACGUUUUUAUAUUGCAAUGCGCUACUUUUUCAUUGUUUUUCUAUGUAAACACGCGCUAGACAGACGUGUAUGACCGUUACGCUUGCGUCUUUUGCAGCGCCUCGCACAUGAGCGCCGCGUUUUAAAGAUGUUGUGUCAAGUUAAAAGAAUUUCAACUUUUACACACAGCGCCGCUCAUCAAUGUCAGUUCCAAAACAGUGGACCAAUCAGAAGAACUCGGAGGCGGGGCAAGCGUUGCAAGCGUCUGUUUACAGUAGCAAGUUGGCGUGGCAACUGUUUUAUUUGUUCGUUAUUACCGUUAUUGCAUCACGUCUCAAAAGGGCGUCUCGAGACCCUCGCGUUCUGUGCAGCGCUUUUUUUUUAACCAUUCCUGAGCGCUGCGCCUCGCGUUUUUAGACGCAAAGAUGUGUUCUGUGUGAACGAGCCCUUAGAAUUCAUAAAAAUGUUACUGGCCAACUCAGUGUUGCCAAGUCUGUGGUUUUCCAGCGGAAUUGGGCUACUUUAACACUGUUGCCGCGGGUUGUUUUUAAUGUCUGCGGGUUGAAGCGACCCCCUUGGAAUGCAGAUUUUACCAGGGGAUCCCACAAAACGUGAUUAGGCUAGUUUUGGGCUAGUUUUGAGUAGCAAUUGGGUGGGUUUUGUUAUGAAAACCUGGCACCCCCGGGUUGAACACUGGAUUUUACUCGCAUUUGGCACUUGGCAAGUGUUAAUCUUAUGCCCUGCCUGUAGAUGUUCAGCUAGAUGUUUUUUAGAUUUGGAAUUUAUUUAAUAAGGUAUUACUUUAGAAAUAUAGCAAAUUGCUGUCUUAUUCAGUUUUGCAUUACGUUAGAUUUUGAACUUACAUUUAACAGGUUUGAAAAGAGUAUUGGCCUGUAGGUAGGGUUUUGGCAGUGGAAAAGAAUUUGAAAGAAGCUGUUAUUGAAUGUAUUUUGUGCCAAAGCAAUGAUAAAUGAUCCAGUUUAGCCCACAUAGACUCAUGUGUGUGAAGAGUUUUGAAAAAGUGACCUAAGCAUUAUUGAGAAAUGUGUCCUAACGAUUGUAAAAAAAAAAAAAAAAAAAAAAACCUGUAAAUGUCACUUGUAAGCUAUAGAAAUUAUCCCACUGAACCAACGCCAUGCUGGUUCACAGAUAUUUAUUUAAUAUAUUUUGACAUCAUAUCGCAGCAGUAACACGCCAGAUUGCCUCUAUGAAACGCAUCUGGUGUGAAGCGAAUCGGAGCAGAAACAAGCACAAACAAUUUCUUAAAGUUAUAUAUUUCCCUCAACGUAUCGCUAUAGAAAUGCAAUAGAAAGAUCGAAGUGGAAGUGUCUCUCCCAGUGCUUUUCCCAAUGCUCGUGCCUCUUUUUUUCUAUCAUCACUCGAGUGACGCCAUGUUUGAGAUAAUCAUCCCAGAUCCACGCAGCUUUAUGACACUAGGUGUUAAGAGAAACGUACCGGACAAAGCUUUAGAUGGACGCCACACCUCUGCUGUCUUUGGCCACAUUUGCUGCUAUGUGCUUCUGUUGUGUCCUGCUGUGUUCUUGGUAGAGACAAAGACAGUCGACUGCAUGUAAAUAUCACUGUUCCUUAUGUGUACAGAACUAUUCUAUCCAAAUAUACCGAGCUAAUGCGUGUGAAUACUUUUGUGAAGUAAUGAGACUGACAUGUCAGCUUUUAUUUUUCAAACUAUUAAUAUAGGAAUAUAAUAUACAUAUAUGAAUCUUAAAACCUUUGAUCGACUAUAUUACAGUAAAGUCAUACAUUCAAGAGUCCGAUGUCUUUUCCCUCUCUCUAUCAGUUCUUGAGAUGUAUGAGUGCGAGGUUUUUUUGUAAACAUUUCAUUUCUUUCUUUUUUCUUUUUUUUUUUUUUUCUCCAGAAUUUGCUCGGAAAAGCAUAUCUUAGCAAAUAUUAAUUUAAAUAAUAAAGAUGUGAAUAAGAAAAAGAUAA